AUGGCGGCUGCUCAUAGUAGUGAAAAAGAAACACCGUAUGCAUUAUUUGAUCUUAAAUCAGAUGCUACGACACAACAACUGAAAAUAGCAUAUCGGCAAAAAAUACAUGACUACAAAAAAAAUUUAAUAACAAAAGAAAAAUUUAUAUUAAUAUGUCGCGCAUACGAAACAAUGGUCGAUCCCGUUAAACGUAAACAAUAUGAUGAAACAAAACAAUGGACUAAACAAUUGCCACUAAAAGAUUGUACAUUACAACAACUAGCAUGUGGAGAUUUAGAUUCGUUAAUAAUACGUUUAGAAAAAGCAACAAUAAAAGAAAUAAAUGCCAAAGAUCCCAGUAGUGGUCAUACACCAUUGUACUGUGCAUCACGUGUUGGUAAUUUAGACAUUGUGCAAUAUUUGGUAAUGAAUGGAGCUGAUCCAGAUAAAUAUCAACGAACAAAAUCAACAGCAUUACACGUAGCUUCGUUUUACGGACAUUUAGAUUGUGCUGAAUUUCUUUUAAAAUCCGGUGCUAAUUAUACAAUUGUCAAUAAUUUCAAUAGUACAGCCAAAGAAGAAGCAUCCGACAAGAAAAUUAAAAGUUUAAUUUCCAAGCUAGAAUUGGAAGAUCCGUUUGUUCAAUGCGCAGCAAAUCAAAUACAAUGGUUUUUAGACGGAGGUUUAAAAUCACAUCAUAUCGAUGGACAAAAUGAUUUACGUCAAACGCUAUUACAUGUAGCAUGUAAAAAAGGGUAUUUCGAAUUAGUUAAAUGGUUAAUUGUUGAAAAACAUGCAAAUUUAAAUAUUGUUGAUAUACAUUUACAUUCACCAUUGCAUUUGGCUUCAUCGAAUGGAUAUGAACAUAUUGUACAAUUUCUAUUAGAUCAUGGUGCUGAUCCACAAUUGUACAAUAAAUGGGGUACAACGGCACAAAAUGAAGCUAUAAACUACCCAAAUAUUAUUGAAUUAUUUGAUAAAAUGAAAGAACGAGAUAUGUAUCAAAUGGCAAAAGAUGGUCAUCUCUAUUGGUUUCAAUAUUAUUUUAAUAAACAACAUAUUAAUACAGUUGAUUCAACAGGAACAAGUUUACUGUACCACGCUUGUCGUCAAGGUUAUCUCGAUCUUGUUAAAUGGUUCAUUGUUAAUGGUGCCGAUGUAAAUCAACAGCAAACUGAAAAUACCAAAAGUACACCAUUGCACGUAGCUGCAUUUCGUACGCAUUUAGAAAUUGUUGAAUAUUUAUUGAUUAAUGGUGCCAAUACAAAUAUUCGUAAUACAUUUGGUACAACACCCGCUGAUGAACAAACAACAGACGAAAUACGCAAUCUUAUAAAUAAAUAA